UUGGCAGCAAAACGAUGCCCUAAUUUCCUAAGAAGAGCAGCCCGCCCCCAAUUCCCUUCUCUGUUAUCUUUUGCAGAACAAAUAUUUGGUUGAGAUUUCAUCGGAGAAAUUAGUGUUUAUUUCUACAGGUGCUCUAUUUUCCUUGCGCUGCUUACUUUUUUAUGUUUUUUUCUUUGUUGAGAUUUCUUAUUGCAAACAAUUGCUGCAGAUUUUGAAUGAUUCCCUCUUUUUUCCAUGCCUUUUAAGCUCUUUUUCGGAUUGGAACAAAUAAUUGAAAAAAGUACUCAUUUGACAACCAUCCUUUAGUCACCCUUGAAGAGAAACAUCUGAUAUGAUUUGCAAACAUGAACUUUGUUGUUGUCGGUUUCAUUCUUCAUUUACAUAACUGGUUUUUAAUGAGACUACAAGUUGUUCAACUUUUUCAGUUACUCUGAUAGCUACCACAGCUCCGGGCAUACUGCAUAAUCCAUCGGCUAACAGCAUCAAACACAGUUCGAGCACAUCCUGUUGCUCAUGACCAAGAACUUUGCCUCUCAUGUCAUAUUCACAUUGAGCACUGACUGUGAAGAUAUGGCCGAAGAAGCAGGCAUGUUUAUGGUUCAUCAAACAAUUGGAAGUGUUUUGUGUUGCAAAUGUGGUAUUCCUAUGCAACCAAAUGCUGCUAAUAUGUGUGUUAAGUGUUUGCGCUCUGAAGUUGACAUCACUGAAGGUCUAAAGAAGAAUGUAAUUCUUUUACAUUGCCCGGAGUGUGAUACCUACUUGGAUCCACCUAGUACGCGGAUUAGGGCCCAACUGGAAUCGAGGGAGUUGAUGGCAUUUUGUCUGAAGAAGUUGAAAUUGAAGUCCACAGGAGUUAUUUUGGUAAAUGCGGAAUUUAUUUGGACUGAACCACAUUCCAAGAGGAUCAAGCUCCGGGUGAGAGUUCAGAAGGAGGUCCUUCAUGGUGCAAUACUCGAACAAGCAUAUGUUAUUGAGUAUGUUCAGCAGGACCAAAUGUGUGAUUCUUGCACAAGAGUUCAGGCCAACCCUGAUCAGUGGGUUGCUGGUGUCCAGCUCCGGCAACAUGUUGCUCAUAGAAGAACUUUCUUUUACUUGGAGCAGCUGAUUUUGAAGCAUGAUGCUGCUGCCCGUGCCAUUAAAAUAAAGCAAAUGGAUCAUGGUAUUGAUUUUUUCUUUGCAAAUCGUAGCCAUGGUGUUAAAUUUGUUGACUUUGUGGGUAAAGUAGCUCCAGUAAAGAGUCGCAAUGACAAGCAACUUGUUUCCCAUGAUACUAAGAGCAACAACUAUAAUUACAAACAUACUUUCUCUGUUGAAAUCUCUCCAAUUUGCCGUGAGGAUUUAGUCUGCUUGCCUCCAAGGGUUGCUGUUAGCUUGGGGAAUCUAGGUCCUCUUGUGAUCUGCUCGAAAGUGACAAAUAGCAUUGCUUUGUUAGAUCCUUUCACCCUGAGACACUGCUUCUUGGAUGCUGACCAGUACUGGAGAACACCCUUUAAGUCUCUUCUCACUAGCAGGCAACUUGUAGAGUAUAUUGUAUUUGAUGUGGACUUUGUUUCCCCUGAAGUUAAUAUUGGUGGGUCUAGAUAUGCUCUCGCUGAUGCCACUGUUGCUCGCAUGUCAGAUUUUGGGAAGAAUGAUACCAUGUUCAACAUAAAAACGCACCUGGGGCAUAUUUUGAAACCUGGUGAUUAUGCUCUUGGUUAUGAUUUACAUGGAGCUAACAGUAAUGACAUGGAGCUUGACAAGUACAAAAAUCUAGUCAUUCCAGAAGCAAUUUUGGUAAAGAAAAGCUAUGAAGAGAAGCGCCAGAGGAAACGAGGGAAGCCUCGUUCCUGGAAGCUAAAGUCCCUCAAUAUGGAGGUUGAUGACACGAGAGCUAGAGGUGACCAAGAGAAGAUGAACUCAGAGUAUGAACAGUUCCUGAGAGAUCUGGAAGAGAACCCGGAGUUGAGGUUCAAUGUAUCAUUGUAUCGUAACAAAGAAUAUCAGCCUUCUGAGAUGGCAUCUAUGACUGAUGGGGAAGAUAUACCUUCCAUUCCUCUAGAGGAGUUGCUUGCUGAUCUUGAGAUAGAUGACGCCGAAGAUGAGGACGAAGGCAUGAGGGAAUGAAUAUUAAGUUUUGUUUAUUUUUCUGGUUGGCUUGAAAUCAUCUUUUCAUCAAGUAGCUUUAUUCUGUGCUUGACAUGUCUUUGCUUUCGCGUAAUGUAGUUCUUUCAACAAAUGAUGCUUGUAAUUUGUUGUGUUUGUUAAUUAGGGAAUUUUUUGCUGUAUCGACGAUGCUUAUGCUGAAAUGAUAGCAGAAAGGAGAAUUUUUGGCUGUAUUAA